AAAAAGAAGGUUUGAUCCUCUGGUUUUUUGUGACAGACGAAAAGGGGAAAUGGCGCUGAUGCUGCUCAGCCGACAUCUAACGAGUUCGUUGCAACAGAACUCUAGGAUUAUUGCAGCUGGGCACAGAGGAAUCAGUCAAGCUGCAGCAAAAAUUGAUGUGGAGUUUGACUACGAUGGGCCCCUCAUGAAGACAGAAGUCCCUGGCCCAAGAUCCAGGGAAUUAAUGAAACAGUUGAAUAGAAUUCAGAAUGCAGAAGCUGUGCACUUUUUCUGCAACUAUGAAGAAAGCCGGGGAAACUACCUUGUUGACGUUGACGGGAACCGCAUGCUGGAUCUCUACUCUCAGAUAUCUUCCAUCCCAAUAGGUUACAGCCAUCCAUCUCUGAUAAAACUCCUGCAGCAGCCCCGGAAUCUGAGUACCUUUGUCAACAGGCCUGCGCUGGGGAUUCUUCCCCCAGAGAACUUUGCUGAAAAGCUAAAGGAAUCGUUGCUUUCGGUGGCUCCUAAGGGUCUAUCUCAGGUUAUAACCAUGUCUUGUGGAUCUUGCUCAAAUGAAAAUGCCUUCAAAUCCAUAUUCAUGUGGUACAGGAGCAAAGAAAGGGGGCACAGCAGUGUUACCAAGGAAGAGCUGGAGACAUGCAUGAUCAACCAGCCCCCCGGUUGCCCGGAGUACAGUAUGCUGUCCUUUAUGGGCGGAUUUCACGGGAGAACUAUGGGCUGCUUAGCUGCCACGCAUUCCAAAGCCAUCCACAAACUGGACAUCCCUUCCUUUGACUGGCCCAUCGCUCCCUUUCCAAGGCUGAAGUAUCCUCUGGAAGACUUUGUGAGAGAAAAUCAACAGGAAGAGGCCCGCUGCCUAGAGGAGGUGGAAGAUUUGAUUGUAAAAUACAGGAAAAAGAAGAAAGUUGUGGCAGGAAUGAUCGUUGAGCCCAUUCAGUCAGAAGGAGGGGACAACCACGCUUCAGAUGACUUCUUCAGAAAGCUGAGAGACAUUGCCAGGAAGCAUGGCUGUGGUUUCUUGGUGGACGAGGUGCAGACGGGAGGCGGAUGUACCGGCAAGUUUUGGGCCCAUGAACACUGGGGCCUGGAUGACCCAGCCGACGUGCUGAGCUUCAGUAAGAAGAUGAUGAGUGGCGGGUUUUUCCACAAAGAGGAAUUCCGGGCCAACGCUCCGUAUCGGAUUUUCAACACGUGGCUUGGGGAUCCUUCCAAGAACCUUCUGCUUGCAGAAGUCAUUAACGUUAUCAAAAGAGAGGAUCUUCUCAGCAAUGUUAUGCAUGCAGGGAAAGCUCUGUUGUCAGGGCUGCUGGAUUUACAGAGCCGCUACCCACAUCUGAUGAGCAGGGUGCGAGGGCGAGGGACCUUCUGUUCAUUUGACGCUCCAAAUGAUGCUAUCAGGAACAAGCUCAUUGUAUUAGCCAGAAACAAAGGUGUCGUGUUGGGAGGCAGCGGCGACCGAUCGAUCCGUUUCCGGCCCAUGCUGGUCUUCCGCGACCACCACGCACACCUCUUCCUGAACAUCUUCAGCGACAUCUUGGCAGACUUCAAGUAGCCGAGUCUUACCUUGCACUGAGAAGAGCCCAAAUCCUAUAAGAGUCUGAGAAUAGUUUAUUUAAAAUCAUAAACAUAUAUAUAUAAAUAUAUAUUUUCACUAAUAGGAAAAACCGAAUUCAUAAAGUGGGGGAUUUGUUUUGUUUUGUUUUUCAAACGUUUGUUUUAUUUUUCCAUGCUUAUCACCAAUUCGAGCUGCUUCCGACUCAAAACUCUGGACACCCUCUGGUGCUUGUGCAAAUCCUUGCAAGUAUUCUCAGUUCUGGGCAGCCGACCUGUUCAGGGUGAGGACUUAGGGUUGUUCAUUAUCUUGGUUAGGACACAUGCUAGAUGUCUGGUGCAUUUAGACUCUGAAGCGGGAUUCCCGAGAGCUUCUCAGCGUUUAUAACAAAUUUCCUGCCCUUAAAGGUGGCAGUGAGACUUUUGGAAAUGCACACCUACUGCCACUGAUCCAGAGCUCUGUAUACAUACCAGUGCAGAUUCCCAUUCAUGCACAUCCAUGCACACCCCAGAGCCCACAGACCCACAAAUAAUCACUGACUGGAGCCAACUGUGUUUGUAUUUAAGCAAUUGAAUCAUUCCCCACUCUUUUUC